AUUGUGUUGUUACAACAAUCUGCAAUGUUUACUUCCGGUUUGGGUCUACUUAUUCCUGCGAGCUACUGCAGACAUCAGCAAUACGAUACUCUUCUCCCAACAAGAGCUAACUGACUGCUAACGUACAGUACCAACAGUCGUCAGGGCAACAAUGAACAUCCUCCCAAAGAAGAGCUGGCAUGUGCGUAACAAAGACAACGUCGCUCGCGUGCGGAGGGACGAGGCCCAAGCAGCAGAACAGGAGCGUGAGGCCAAGCGUCGCCUGGAGCGUGCAGAACAAGAGGCACGUACAGAGUAUCUGAGAAGAAAAGCCCGAGCUGCUCUCCAGUCAGCAGGAGGAAGGAGAGAUGAUGAUGAGCAGAGUGGAGCUCUGGAGCAUCUUAAUCUUUUUCCUUUGGAAGACUCCUCAGAGAAGAAGGGGAAUGAGGAGUAUCUUAAAGAAAAGCAAGAUGAAAAGGAGAGGCAGGAACGAGCCAUCGGCUUACUGGUGUCUCUUGGACCCCAACCAGGGUCUGAGGUCACUCCAUGGUACCUGAAAACGAGCAAAGAAAAAGAGGAAAGGGACAAAAAAGAAAAGAGAAAGGAAAUAAGUGAAGAGGAGAGAGAGAAGAAGGAUCGCAGACUGAAGGAUAGUUUGGACCCUCUGAAAGAUAUUAAGAAAGCUCUAGGUGUCAAAGGCAGAAAGGAGCACAAGAGCAAGAAAAAGGAAAGAAGAGACAAAGAAGAAAAGAGCACUAGUGGAGAGAUCUCCAUAGAAAGGUUACGUGCUGAGCGUUUACAGAGGGAGGCUGAAGAAAGGAGGAGAGCCCAGGCCCUGCUCGACCAGAGGAGCGGCAAAGGGAAGGACAGAGAUGCAGCGAGGGAGAUGAAUGACAGGGAAAGGCCAUACAACAGCGCCUUCUUCCCAGAACUUGCUCGAAAGAGACAAAGGCGAGAUCGUGACAGCUGGAGAGAUGAAAUUUUAAAGUCGUGAAAUGUGGAUUGACGACUGUGAUCUGUGAUGGAGGGUUAGUGGAGAAGUACUGUGACCAGAGUGUUUCCAAAAGCAAAUGCAAAAAGAAAGAACAUAACAUGGAAAGUUUGCCAAAGCAGGGAUAGAUACAUGUAAUAUAUACUGCUGUCAGAAAGCUGAUGAUGAGGCAGCUUGUAGGCCCCGGACCAUCCUUUUUUUGUGCACCCAGAAGGGCACAUUUCUUGCAGCAAGGUCAGGAGUCAGAUUCAGCUGCAGCUACCACUGCUGCUGGUAUGUUUCACUAGUAAACAUGUCAUCAGUGCAGAUGUCAGGAUUUUUUGUUUUAUUUUCGGAAAGUUGUUAGAGUCACCUUAGGCACUAGGAUUUUAUUUCACAAUGUUUUCACAUUUUAUAGACAAACCAAUUAAUGGAGAGAAUAAUCAGCAGAUUAAUCAGUAGUUGAUAUUUACAGUACAUGCCAGGUGUAAAAGUUAGUAGUCAGCAUAACACUAUUUAAGGUUCAUUUGUACAGUUUCAUCUAUUUUUAGAGGCUGAUAAAAUCUGUUUAUUCCUCAUGUCUAGACAGAUGUAAAUACAAAAAUCAAUCUAGUGUAAUCAGUCUAGUGAUUUGAAGUAUUUCUCCAUUUCUUUUGUUGGUAAGUCAUAUGUGUCAAAGUACAGUUGGACUUGGACUCCCCAUAACAAAAGCUCAGGUGUAAAUAAUAGACAUUUACGACAACUGGGUUCCAUGAAUAUAAUGAAGCCACUGCUUGUCAUUAGUAACGCCUGUGCUUUCCCUCCUGUAACAAGUGAAAAUGAAAAGAAGGCUUAUUUGGAGUCAUGUACAAGCAUUAAUGACCAACACAAAUGACUGACAUUACUUUUGUCAUUGCUGUAAUCUAUUUUUCCCAAAGGUGUGUGAGGACACACUGCUCGCCUGCAAUAAGUACCACUUUCAUGAAUGAUGGUAAAUGGUCAAUGGUCAAUGAUGUUUUGUUGUUGAAACUAGUUUGUGGUGCUUUUUAAUAGUUUUUGAUUAUGCUGAUUUUGAUUUGUUCAUCUCAACUAUUGUCUAGUCUCAAAACUCAAAAAUGAACAUUAUAACUUUCAUGAAGGAGAAUUUUUUAAAAAAGUUUUCACUUGUAUACUUAGUGACAACUGAGUACAGUUAACCUUCUUGUACACAAAGGCUUGAAAU